AUGGGUAGUGGUGGUGGUGGUGCUGAGGAGGUGACGGUGGUGGAGAACAGAGAAUGGUAUUUAGCUGCCUAUGCACCAGAAGGUGUCCCAACUUCUGAUCAUCUAAAACUACGCACUGUGAGCUUCUCUCUCUCUGCUGUUGCAAUCCCAGAUCAACACGUGGCUCUUCAGCUCCUCUAUAUCUCUCUUGAUCCAUAUCUACGUUCCAGAAUGUCCGGCCAUGAAGAUGGGCUCUACGCUCCUCAGUUUCCCCUCAAUAAGGGAAUAGAAGCAUUCGGGAUGGGAAGGGUAAUUCGGUCCAAGGACAUCAAAUUCACUGAGGGUGAUAUUGUUAUUUACCCUUUUUCUCCGGUGGCUGAAUAUAGCGUAGUACCAUCCACUUUCCUUCAAAAAGUUGAUCCAACGGUUGGGAUUGCAUUACCGGAUUACCUUGGUUGCUUCGGUGUACCUGGGUUCGCUGCAUGGGUGGGAAUAGAGGUACUUGGGAAGCCUAAGCCAGGAUCAAAUGUCUUUAUCUCGGCGGCCGCCGGAGGUGUCGGAAUGUAUGCCGGACAAUUGGCAAAACUCAAAGGGUGUCGAGUCAUAGGAAGCACCGGCUCUGACGACAAGGUAUUACGUAAUCAAGAAAUUGACAUGGAAUAG